UGACUGGUUCAGUUAUUAUUAGGUACCUUAGGUAGGUGCGACUGAGGCGUAUUAUUCUCCGGCAGUCCGGUUAUGAUCAGUCAGGUACCUACUAUGUAUAUACUACUAGGUCUGCGCUAGCGUCGCGUUAAAAAGUUUAUCGCGUUUACAUAAAUUCUUGCAGGGGUCCAUCUGUGCUGGCCUUCAAAAAAUAGAACCCACACAUCCAUAACAUUUCAUCAUAUACGACUGAGAAAUCUUCGAGUUAAACCUGCAUCCGAAGCACAACUUUCUCUAGAUAUCUUGAUCGUCUUCCCGUCUUCAACCGCGUUCAUUUCCAAUUGAUUCACUUCGCAAUUUUUUAUCUUUCCUUUUCCAAUUCUAGUAUAUCAAACUCACCAGUCUUGAAAGUCACCAGGCGGUGUGAUUUACCCCCUGCCCAUAUAGUGGGCAGUUAGCCUCUGGUAUGUUUUUGCUUUAACUACUUUCCCUCUCUUCUUUGAUCUUCGCCGCCAUGAUUUCUAACGCCAAACCUUCUAGUUAUCCCUCAGACUAACUGACGUUUACAUACUUCUCUUUCUGAACUUACAAAAAAGAAAAAAAAAACAAUUCAAGAUGAGCAGCUAUCCCUACGCGCCCCCUCCGCCAGCUCCCUCAGCAGCUUCGCCGAGCCCGUAUCCCCCGUAUGGUCAAGGACCGGGAUACUCUCACACACCUCGCGGUGGCCAUGCUGGAGCAGCGAGUAGCAGCAGAGGUCAUGGCCAUCACCAAGGACCCGGCCGUACUGAAUACGGCUCUCCUUAUUAUCAAGAUUACUCUGCCCCUAGCGGUGGGCCGUACAACCCUCCUCAACCGACAAAUUACUGGCAAGGAACACCACCUGCGAGCCACAAUCAUCCUGCCGGCUCUUCAAUCCCGCCAACUUACCCUCCUAGUUACGCUCCUCAGGGAUUUCACCCUCAACCUAGCCAGCCUUACCAACCGCCGUAUCCCAACCAGUCUUCUCGUCCUCCUUAUGGAGCUCCCUAUGGUCAAGCGCCUAAUGAGUAUGCUCAACAACCUCUUCAGCCGUGGGGCGAUCAAUCUCAGUCAUUUUCUCACUAUUCUAGUCGCGGCGGACGUGGCGGAUACCCGAGUGAUCGUAGUGGUCAUCUACGCAGUCCUUAUCCUCCUGCACAUCACCAACCAGCUCCCCUCCAGCAGCCGCCGUACGGCUAUCCCCCAGCCCCUUCCCCAUCCUACCCCGGUUCACCACAGUCUCAUUAUGGACCUAACAGCAGAGGACAUGGUCGUGGUGGUCACGCUCACUCGAACAGAGGAGCUCAUGCUAUGAACAAUGAUCGUGGCGAGAAGUUUCGCCCUCGUGACCAGAAACCGCACCAGCCGUUCAACAACUAUCAGAAGUCUGAUCCUGCUGGCGCUAAGAAGAAGAAGCGCAAGACAAACACGCUGGGACUAACCCCGGGAGAUGAGGAUUCAGACGAAGGUGUAGAUGAGGAGAAGCGUCUAGAAGAGUUGCUCGGCACAGAUGCCCCAGGCAUACCCGACGGUGAUCUCGCGAAGUGGAUAGCGGAGCGCAAAGCGAAUUUCCCAACUAAGGCUCGCGUGGCACAAAAGAAGGAGGCGGGAUUGGUCUCGACACCGGCUGCUAACACUAAUGACGGCAAGGAGACUGUUACCGCUCAGGUCGACCCGGUCGAAAAGGAAGCAGAUCGUCUACGUAAGAGGUUGGCGAAGCUCGACCGGCAGAUCGAGAAGCGCAAACGUGCCCCUAACGACGAGGGUGACGAGAUGCGCAUAGAGUCAUCCUCGGAAGAUUCCGACGACGACCAACCUGAAGCUUUGCCGACAGACAAAUCGGCUAGCGGAUUUUUGCCUCCUCCGCCCAUCACACGAGCUGACCCCUCAAACCACUGCAAGUAUUACUCCACCGGGGGAAUUUGCGGUAAGAAGGGCAAGUGCCGUUUUGUUCACGACCCCGCUGUUCGCGAAGCCGCCCUUCAGGAGCGGACGAGAAACGGGGGUCGAAUGACACUCAAGCAGCGCCUCCUUCUUAAUGACAAGGAUCAAGACGACAUGGAAGUGAUCAAGACGAUUGUGGAUAUGCGCUCCAGCGGACGCUUACACGAUCCUCAUACCUCUACCGACCAGCAGGAUAAGGAAAAACCCGCCGUCGCUGCUGUUUCUUCGCUUCCCACUAUCGGAGGGGAGGCUAACCUGCCGCCCAACCCUUACGCGCACCUGAAGAACGCGGACAGAAACCAGCAAUACCGCAAGCCUAAGAAGCAUAAUGAUUGGCCCUCCCCCGCCCAACACCAAUCAUGGAACAUUCCCAGCUACGCAGGUGUUGGCAUGCCACCUAAGUAGUUGCCAGUUAUAUCCCGGAUGGGGGUGGCCUUUCCACCAAUCCAACUACAGUUUGCAGUGCACAGAUUAUAAAUUUCCUCAUCAAUGUGAUGAACUUGAGCGAUAGACGCGUUGCCAUGUGGCACGCAGCAGGCUAUAUGCGCCUUUCGGAUUAGUUAUCCACGAGAGAUUAGGGAAAAGCUGAGUUUCUAAUAAUGGUUCGACAUGUUCCUCUUUACCAGUUCUAGGACAUGGUGGUUCCCACACGUCAUUUCCAACCAAUC